AUGAAUUAAGGCGAAUUACAUAAGACAAUAUUGAAAAGUAAAUAGAAGAUAACUUCUCAAACUUCAUUUGACUUGUCCUAUCAUUAUUCGUAUAGAUAAAACAGAAAAGAAUAGUUUAAUAGAUUUAGUAUAUAUGCUUAAAUAGCUACUGAAUUUAUAUUGAAUUUAAUUUUGGCUAUCGAAUCAAUGAUAAAGGUUUAAUUGGAUUACACUGGAAUGUAAGGCUUACAAAAUAUUGAAAAACCAUUUUUAUAAAUAGAUCUUAGUAAAUUACAAGAAGUAAGUUUUAUAAGUCUUUCUGAGUCUCUUGACAUUUUUUCUAAAUUAAGCAACUUAAAAUUAAAUUUAGAUGGUGAAAUGAUUAAGGUCAGGCACAUACCAAAAUAAUCAAAGUAUUUGAAGAAAUUAAAAAAUAUUAGACUUAACAUUUGA